UUUAGAGUUUAAAAUGAACUAUGAAUGGCUUCAUACCCUGGGUUAGAGAAUCUUGGAAUAUCUAUAAGUAUCGGUUUGUUCCCUGGAUUGCUCUAAAUAUCAAUGAAAAGACCAGUAAAGUUAUAAAAAAAAAUGAACUGGUUCCGGAGGUAGAUCUGCUCAGGUCUCUGCAGAGCUGUUUACAAUCUUUCCAUCAGUAUACGUCUCUCAGAGAUGAUUUAUCCCUUUACGAGGAUCUUUAUGUGAGAAACCAAAAGGUUUUACUCCAAUCUCUUGGAUUUUCGAUUGUUCGUAGCAAAAGUUUAAUCCCUGGAGCAGGAAAAGGUGUGUUAAUUCUAAAAGGAGCAGCUUCUAGAGGAAGCAUAGUUUGUCUUUACCCCGGAGUUGUAUACCAACCUUACCAACCCAUUCUUAUUCAAUCUAUUCGGAACCAGUUCCUAUUCCGGUGUGCUGAUGGAGUUUUAGUGGAUGGGAAGGAUAAAUCUAUUUCAAGAUCUAUUUACAGAUCGUGUGCAGGCAGAGAUCAGAUUGGUUUAAUUAGAGUGUGUGACACAAGCUGGCUUACUCCACGUCCUGUGAAUCCUCUCAACGUUGGACAGUUUGUGAAUAACGAAAGCAAGCAGUUUCCGGCAAACGUUGCAUAUUUGGAGUUAAACCUGCCCUCGACCUUUCCUCUUCAGCUUCGCAAAUUCAUCCCAAAUAUUAACUUUGACAGUAUAUCCCUGGACGGAGAAAGAGAGCUUCGAAUAAUUGCUUUAGUGGCACUACGUGAUAUUGUAGCCGGAGAAGAACUGUUCUCUUCAUAUUUUACUCUCAUCUCUGACAGUUAGACAUCACGAGAUGUUUCGUUGCA